AUGCUCAUCAUUCUUGCAGCUACGCUAGUCCUACUGUCAUCAUUCACGGAGACACUCUCUGCUCCAACAUACAAAUGUGCUACGGAAGUUUUCAGAGGUUUGACCGAAUUCAAUGAUGCUGAGUUUGAAGAAUUUAAGAAAGGCGUACUGGAACUUGGAAAAACGAAGCCGGAACCUUUGAAGGCGAAUAAAGCUCUCAUAGACAAGUGGAGAACAAUGGACAUGAGAUCAAUGAAGCUAAUGAAGCCUGCCUACAACUUUGUUAUAAGACUCCUCAGUUAUGCAGCAAUGGAAAUGCGGAAGGAGGGAUCGCAGGCGCAAAAUAUUCAGAAAGAUUUUGAAACUUUACGUAAGGAUAAGAAAGCAUGCGAGAACCUUCUCAGUUCGUAUCCCAAGUUGAAACUCGGAGAAUGCUGAGUUUGGCGGUAAUUUUCCAGACGGCACUUCGCGUUAAUCACAGUUUAUUUGAGCUUUCGUGUUACAUAGGAACCUUUGUGUGAUUCGAUAC